ACAUUACGUUUUGAGGUCAGGGACGCGACGCCAUAUUGAAAACAGACCAACAACACUAUUUUCUUAAGGAAAUACUGGAUUUCUUCAAUAAUUCACCGAUUUCGAGCAUAAUAUUUUAAAAUGCAAAACGAAAUCGGGAUUUCCCCUGUUUUACUUCAAGCCAUUAAUCACACUUUAACGUCAUCCGAAUUCGAAAGUUCAAGGAAUGAAGAAGAGGCAAAGACUCCAGUAAAACAUGUUAUGAUUAUUGAAGCUGAUAAUAAAAAGUAUAUAACACAACACGAAGUACCUCUUCCAUCUCAGGAAGUCUCUCUUUCCUAUGAAGAUGAUGAAGUUGUUAGAACACCGUCAGAAUUAUGCCCUAUUUGUUCCGAUAAAGUCUCUGGUUAUCACUAUGGUAUACACAGUUGUGAAUCAUGCAAAGGCUUCUUCAAAAGAACUGUUCAAAACGGAAGAAGUUAUUCCUGUCAUCGUACAAAUGACUGCCAUAUAGAAUUAAGUAAUCGAAAGAAGUGUCCUGCUUGUAGGUUCAAAAAAUGUUUAAUAGCUGGCAUGAAAAUCGAAGCAAUAAGAUCAGAUAGGAGUCGGGGGGGACGCUCAUCUUAUGACGGAGCUCACCGAUCUGUUUCAACAUCCCGUACAGUGUCAGCUAGACCGUCUUCGUAUCAUUUAUCACGACUGUCCGAAGGAGCAGAACAUAGAAGACUAUUAGAGCAAUUAUUGGAACAUGAUACUACUCUUAUUCCUGAAGAAGAGGAAGAGUGCUGUAGGAAUUUAUUGCAAGCCAGUGAUAACGAACCUCUUCAAUCAAUAAUGCAUAUAGCAGAUCAUUGUCUAUACAAAAUUGUUCGUUGGGCUAGAAAUUUACCAAAUUUUUCUAAUAUAUCUACAGAAGAUCAAGUGAUCCUUAUACAAAAUAGUUGGUUAGAGCUUUUGCUACUAAAUGCUGCAUGGAGGAAUGUACAAUCUCCAAACCGUCAGUUAUAUGUUGGUCAUAAAAAGUGUCUAUUGACAAAACAAGCCGUUGAUAUGGGUGUCAAUACUUUAGUUCAACGGCUGCUAGUACUAAGAGAUCAGUUGAAAAAAUUAAAUGUUGAUAAAAUGGAAUUGUGUGCCCUGAAAACACUUACAUUACUUUCUCCGGAUGUAACAGCAGCUACGAAAAGUCUAUCCAAUGCUGAAGGAGUCGGAGAAUAUAGAAUGAAACUAGCUAUUGCUCUACGGCAUCACUGCAGGCAGCAGAACAAGUAUUUGCAAUUGCUAACACGCACGGCUGAUAUUGCGAGAUUAUCAGCUGAUGUAAGACAAGUUCUAGUUGGUCAUUUCAAUAGGGGAAGUGUACCAACAACUCUUUUGUUGCACGAAUUACUAAAAGAAGAUGAGGCGGCUGUUGGGAGUUGUUUGAGAGUUGAUGAGGAGGUUGGAAAGUAA